CAUUCGCGUUUUUGAGCCAAAUAUACUGUGUGUGUUUUGCUGCUCUGUUGCUGUGUGCGCUUGCCACAAAAAUAAGUAAAAAAACAAAAAAAAAACAACGCAGAGAGCCAUUUAAGCGCGCGCAUUUACAUACAAGCAAAAUUCCAAAAUAUUAUUGCAACGCAUUUCAGUGUGCCAAAACGUGCAGCGCGCGAGUGUAACCAAUUCAUACAAAUCUCUCAAGUGCAAUAUAUACACACAAAUAUAUACAUGCUUGUAUAUAUAUAUUAAAUUGGUGGCUCCCAGUGGCUGGUGGCGACAACAACACACAAGCAAUCGAGACACACGGCACACGACGACGGCACAAAAAAAUACUCACACCGACGCUCACGCUCAUACACACACACACACACACACAUCCACACAGGCGCACGCACACGAGCGCUUGCUUGCUUUUGAGAUAUGUGCGAGCGUGUGCGUGUGUGUGUACAUUAGUGAAACGAGUGCAAUUGAUUUUCAUAGUUUUUUGUACUCGUUACUCCGUCUCUGACUUUCGAUACCAGCGAGAAUUCGACUCGAACUCGCAAACGAGUCGCAAAAUUUUUUUUUGUUUUUCUUAUUUUGAGUGUUAAGUGCUGAGUGUGUUUUUCGUCUGCACACACAUAAACAAAACAAAAACUCAAAACAAAACUAAUUGAGGAGCAGGAGGGUGGGCAACAGUGGUGAGGUGGAGGUGGUGAGCAGGGGCACAAUGUCGGCUACCGGAGAUGCGGGCGCCGGUUCAGCGAAUGCCAACAACAGCAAUAACAACAACAGCAAUGUUGGCGUCGUGCAGGCAACGGUAACUGUAAGUGGCGCCCUCAGCAGCAACGACGGCAGUCCCACAAACAAUAUCGCUGGCAACAACAACAGCACCAACAACAACAACAGCAGCAGCUCAACGGCAGGUGGCUCCAAAGGGCAGCUGCCACUGACGCCGCGCUUCACCACCGAGGAGAAGGAUGUCCUCUACACGCUGUUCCAUCUGCACGAGGAGGUCAUCGACAUCAAGCAUCGGAAGAAGCAGCGCAACAAGUAUUCGGUGCGCGACACCUGGGACAAGAUUGUCCGUGACUUCAACUCGCAUCCGCAUGUGAGUGCGAUGCGCAACAUCAAGCAGAUACAAAAGUUCUGGCUCAAUUCGCGUCUACGCAAACAAUAUCCAUUUCGUGAUGGCAGCGCCUCAAGUGGCAGCUCGGCGCUGGCCAAGGCAAACAACGCCCAACAACAGCAGCAGCAGCAACAGUUGCAGCAACAACAGCAGCAGCAACAACAACAGCAGCAGCAGCAGCAACAUCACGACGGCGUCAAAGUGGAACCCGAUUAUCAAAUCAGUCCCGAUGCCUCCGAGCAUAAUCCGCAAGGCGAUGCAUUCGAUGAGAUUGAAAUGGAUGCCAACGAUGUCAGCGAAAUGGAGGACGAUCCACUCGACGCUCAGCAGCAGCAGCAGCAACAACAGCAGCAACAGCAAGCGGAGGCGCAACAACAGCAGCAGCAACAACAACAACAACAACAGCAGCAAUCGGCUGUGGCCGAAAUGCAAAAGUUGCAAGUGAGCGCAGCAGCUGUGGCAGCGGCAAGUGCCAACAUACUGAACACACAUCAGAUUAAUGUGGAUCAAAUAAGCGCCGAUAAAUUAACGCUCAACGAUCUGCUGCACUUUAAGACGGCGCGUCCACGCGAAGAGAUCAUACUGCAGAUCAAGCAUCCCUCGGAUGCAACAGCCACCCAAAUACACACGAUACCCACGCAGCCGCAGCAACACACGAUGGCAACGAUCACCGCCGGCGGUUACAACCAGCAGAUCAUCAGCGAGAUCAAGCCACAGCAGAUCACGCUCGCCCAAUACCAAGCCCAGCAACAGCAACAGGUCCAGGCUCAAGCGCAGGCCCAAGCUCAGGCCCAGGCACAGGCUCAAGCUCAAGCGCAGGCUCAGGCGCAAGCCCAGCAAUUGGCGCAACAACAGUUGGCGGCACAGCAGCAACAGUUGGCGGCAGCGGCGGCAGCAGCUCAUCAUCAGCAGCAACAGCAGCAGGCAGCCGCUGCCGUUGUCGUCCAGCAGCAGCAACAGCAGCAGCAGCAACAACAACAACAGCAGCAGCAGCAACAACAACAACAGCAGCAGCAACAGGCUGCUGUUAAGAUGCAGCUAACUGGCGGCACGCCCACCUUUACAUUCAGCGCCCUGCCCACAGUGACGGCAGCCACCACGGUGCCCGUCUCCGUCCCUGUGCCCGUCUCCGUCUCAGUGCCCGUGCCCGUGCCUGUGGCGCUGGCAACAGCCACAACGGCAACGGGCAACAGCGGCGUCAACACCAGCGCGGGAACGCUCACGGUGACGGGUGUUGGAGGUGGGGGAGGAGGUGUGACGACGGGCGGCGGCGGGGGCGGUGAUAACUAUGAGGAGCGCAUCAAUUACUUCAAGGUGAAGGAGGCGGAGUUGCGUUGCAAGGAGCAACAGCUGGCCACGGAGGCCAAGAAAAUUGAGGUGAACAAGGCGCAAGAUGAGCUCAAAUAUAUGCGCGAGGUGCAUCGACUGCGAGUCGAGGAGCUCAAAAUGAAGAUACGCAUACUGCAAAAGGAGGAGGAGCAAUUGCGCAAAUGUUCCAGCACAUGAGAUCUGGAGGACAUAAGCGAUGCGGAGCCCGAGUCCGAUGUGUUGUUUGCCUACCACGACGAUGACGACAACGAUCAGCGGCAGCAGCAGCUGCGGCUGGCGGAGAUCGAUUCGAUUGAGCUUGAGCUCGAGCUCGAUGAAGUGGUGGACGGAGAGGAGCAGCUGGAGGAUGAAGAGGAGGCAGAGACAGAGGCUGAGACGCAAGUGGACUAUGUGGACUUGGAAAUGCAAUUGUUGCUCUAACUCGAACGCGUAUUUAUAUAUGAUUAAAGUAGUGUUUACGUCGCGACUUCUACAAAUUAUGCCUAUAUUAUUAUUACACACAAACAUAUAAUUGUAUUUAUGCUAAUUAUUAUGAUUACUAUUACUAUUAUUAUUAUUAUUAUAAUCGUAAUUAUUAUUAUUUCUAUACAACUAUUUUUUUUUGUAAACGGAUUUAAUUGUACUUUGAAUUUUUUUAGUUUUUUUUUUUUGGGUGGGCGCUGGGGAGUUUAUCGAUUACCGAUUACAGACUACCAAUUACCGAUUAUCAAUUACCCCAUAAGCCAUUCUCUCUAAUUGUAAUUGUAAAUCGAAAUGAAAUACAGUGAACAAAGCAAC